AACGAUGAUAGCUGCGUGUUGACCUCCUUUGAUAUUCAUUCAUAAUUUGUGAGUCAGAAGAUCCUCCAAUGAUCACUUAUGCAGGGGUGGUUCCUGUCUGGCGCUGAAUUUGUACUCCCGUUCACAGACGACCCCACGUGAGAGUAUUUGACGAGGAGAUGGGUGGUUUAUUAAGUAGAUAGUUUCAUUUUAUGAUUGACUACUAGUAGCUUCUUCACCACAAUGAGCAUCUUUUGAACAAGGAGUACCCCUACCCUUGUUCUCAUUUUACUCACACCAAUAUGGAGGCGUUAAGCUAGCAGGUAUAAUAUAGGAAGAUGUCCUCACCAGUGCAGCAGGAAGCGCCUGUGACGCAAGGACUCGGCGUUCAGCCUCGUUCCAGCGUUGAUCUAAAUCACACCGAGCCCACUGCAGCCAUGGAACACAGGAGCGAAAAGAAGGAGCCAACUGAAUCGCAGGAUCAUGGUGCUGUACUAUGCAGGUGCAACAAGCCUACUCUGAGUCCGAGACGAAAGAACCAACCUCACAGCGACUUCAUAGAGCCUGAAGCAUUCGCGCAAGAGGCCAAAGGGACCCUGGACCGUUGUUUUGGAGAAGGCAUCUUGUCGGCUCUGGAAUACCGGGCUCUCUUCUGGGAGUUGGGGCUGGAUCGUGCAGAAGUAGAAAGAAAAUCUGGUCGUGAAGGACAAGGAGACACGACGAGGCCGAUAAAUCAUCGCGAACUCCCAGUAGAUGAAGACGCAGGAGGAGGUGUCUGCACCUCGUCCUCUGGAUCAGGUCGACGGCGUACGCUUGAAGAAGUAGCUUCACUCCUCACUGAGGCUGUGAGGAGACCAGGUGGUAUAGUAUGUCCCGUCAAUGUCCUCGAUGAACCCUGCAGCACUGCUUGGCUAGUAUCAGGUUCAUCUCCCACAGAAUCUUCAAGCGGUACAUCUUCUACAGAAUCUUCAAGCGGUUCAUCUCCCACAGAAUCUUCAAGCGGUACAUCUUCUACAGAAUCGUCUUCAAUCGGUUGUGGUAGUAAACAAAAGAACAAGCAUCAAAAACAAGACACAUCGUCCAAAGACAAACCUUCCACACGGGUCCACUGGACAGUCCCUAGGGUUCGGCAGCUUUUAAGGGAUGCGCUGUUAAAAGUACCGAUACAGCCAGCCACUCAAAAAAAAAGCACACAAGAUCCGCCUCGUCCUCCUCACGACACUCAAAACCCGCCUCCUCUACCUCCCUUUGAAGUCCUCUUCGAGUCCGACUCGUUGCUGUGUAUCGCUAAAAAAGCGGGUAAAAGAGUGAGUCCGAUUCAUCGACUGGCAGGCUUUACCAGCUGCUUGAAUGAAGUGAUGGGGUAUUUGGAAGCGAAAACACCAGUAGGUGGACCCCGACAUGUAGAAUCGGAGAAUGAAAAUGUUGUAACUGAUCUGGUAAAUUCACUACGAACAACUCCAGCACCACAAGAACGAGGGAGGUUGUUCGCGACCCCCUUACAUCGUUUGGAUGUGCAUACGAGCGGCGCCCUCCUCUUUGCGAAGAGUCCAGAAGCUGCGCGAAUUUUUGGCAAUCCAAGCUUCUGGUCAACGCAUGUGCGGAAAGAGUAUUUGGCGUUGGUACGAGUGGGUGGAGAACGCCAAAUAAGUGAAGAACAGAAUGGAGGAGAGAAAGCUUCUGGUCCUGCUACGCUCACUUGCUCCAUACCUCUGGACGGCAAAGCAUGCACUACGACGGUGUCGUUCAUCAGCACUGCUUCAUCGACAAAAACGGCAUUUUUGGUCCUGUGCGAAUUGACCAGUGGUGGACGAAGGCACCAGAUUAGGAGACACUGUGCGUUGCUGGGCUUUCCUUUAGUUGGGGAUCGGGAAUACGAUUUAGGCUUUGACGCAGGAUACGAUGAUGAUGAAAAAAAUGGUGUCCUAACUGAGGAGGUCGCUCACCCUAGAGUUCGGGAUCGGGAAAACGUUGACGGAGGCUGUACAGAAAAGGGUCACGGCGUCAAGAAUGAUGUAGAAGGAGGCCAAACUGAUGAUGAAAAAAAUGCUGGGGACCUAAAAAAGGAGGAGCUUGGAAGUCACGACCAAGAGGAUGUUGCUUCCCAAAAGAGAGGUGAAGAUGGAGGUAAGUUUUUCCUUCAUGCUUGGAAAUUAAUGGUGCCAGAUCGUUUGAUUGAAGCACCUCCUCCAGUGGAAUUCUUGAGGAAGGCACAGCAGUUGGGCAUUGAUAUGGCGAAGGCACAUCAGUGGGGAAUUCAUGUAAUUCCUCAAGGUCGUUUGGAAGAUACUGCCAUUGAGUAGGCAUUGGAUGGAUAUUCCCCAAGGGAAAUCUUAGGCAGACAGAAUCAAAUGACAUUCAUCUGUCUACUGUUUGACAAAAAUUUUUCUGAGGCGCAAACGAUGUUCUUAAAAGAAAGACGACAACGAGAGGUGGCUUUUUUUACAAGGACUAUGAACUACAGUUGAG